GAGCUUGUCAUUAGGAGUUCACAGCCCUGCGUGCUUGUCUGAAGGUGCCAGUGAUGAUGGUGGAAUCAGCCUCGGAGACCAUUCGAACGACGCCGUCCAACCAGAACGGAGUCAGCAGCCUCAGCAGCCAAUCAGAUGGUGGGGGAGGUAGAGAAGGCGGGUCGAACGGAGACGCCAAUGGAGAGAUCAGCCCGGUAGACUUACUGCACCUGCAACAGCAACAGGCGCUCCAGGCAGCCAGACAGUUCCUCCUCCAGCAGGCCUCUGGACUAAACUCCCCUGGCAGCAACGAGGUCAAACAGGUACAGGUGCCUGUGUCGAUGGCCAUGAUGAGCCCACAGAUGAUCACUCCUCAGCAGAUGCAACAGAUCUUGUCUCCCCCUCAGCUCCAGGCCCUGCUGCAGCAACAGCAGGCUCUAAUGCUACAGCAGUUACAGGAGUACUACAAGAAGCAGCAGGAGCAGUUGCAUCUCCAGCUUCUGACUCAGCAGCAGCAGCAGCAGCAGCAGCAGCAGCAACAGCAGCAGCAGCAGCAGGCUGGGAAGCAAGCGGCAAAAGAGCAGUUAGGCAGCAAGCAGUUGGCCUUCCAGCAGCAGCUGAUCCAGAUGCAGCAGCUCCAGCAGCAGCACAUCCUCAACCUGCAGAGACAAGGCCUGGUGCCCCUGCAGCCCACCGCCACCAUGCAGUCCCUGCAGCAAGCAAUGUGUCCGUCAGACCUCCAACAGCUGUGGAAGGAGGUGUCGGGCAUCCCAAGCAGUGAAGACGCCCUGAAACAGGCCGAGGGCCUGGACUUGAGCACCAACAGCUCCAACUCUACCUCAGCCUUCCCCAAAGCUGCCAGCGCUCACAUGCCACUGCACAGCCUGGUCAAUGGACAGAGCCACACCCCAAAGAGAGACAGAGCCCGACUGUUUGAGUGGAUAUCCUCCUUUACCAAGGCAGACAGCGGAGAUGACCAUGCCCCCCUUUACUCCAAAGGCAGCCACCUCCCCAGCAGCCAUCAUGAGGAGCACGCCGGCUCCCAUCCUCUCUAUGGCCAUGGAGAGUGUAAGUGGCCUGGCUGUGAAGCACUGUGUGAGGACAUGGGACAGUUCAUCAAGCACUUGAACAAUGAGCACGCCCUAGAUGACCGCAGCACUGCGCAGUGCCGAGUUCAGAUGCAGGUGGUUCAGCAGCUGGAGAUACAGCUGGCGAAAGAGAGCGAGCGACUCCAGGCCAUGAUGGCCCACCUGCACAUGCGCCCCUCAGAGCCAAAGCCUUUUAACCAACCUCUGAACCUGGCUUCCGGUGGCUCUCUGUUAAAGCGGGACACUGAGCCCUACCCAGAGGGUCUUCCUCACCCCCCCACCUCGGCUGCUGCCCCUAUCACCCCUAUGCGCCAGGGACCCUCAGUCAUCAGCUCCUCCAGCCUGCACACACACUCCCACUCCCACUCGCACGGCGUUGGGCCCAUACGUAGGCGCAACUCCGACAAGUACUGCACCCCCAUUGCCUCAGAGCUGGCUCAGAACUGUGAGUUCUACAAAAACGCUGAUGUCAGGCCUCCCUUUACCUACGCCUCUCUUAUACGUCAUGCCAUUCUGGAGUCCCCGGACAGACAGCUGACCCUAAAUGAGAUCUACAACUGGUUUACACGAAAGUUUGCCUAUUUCAGGAGAAACACAGCUACGUGGAAGAAUGCUGUGCGCCACAACCUGAGUCUGCACAAAUGUUUUGUCCGCGUGGAGAACGUGAAGGGGGCCGUGUGGACUGUGGAUGAAGUUGAAUACCAAAAGAGGAGACCACCAAAGAUGACCGGAAGUCCCACUCUGGUGAAAAACAUGAUUUCAGGCCUGGGCUUUGGAUCUCUAAAUGCCAGCUACCAGGCAGCUCUGGCAGAAAGCAGUCUGUCCCUGCUGAACAGCCCUUCCCUGCUGUCCCCUCCGUCUGCUGCCAGCCUCAACAUGCUGCACGUGGGCCACGAUGAUGUCAGCUCCACUGUGGAGCAGGUCAACAGCAACGGAAGCUGCAGCCCAACACUCAGCCCUCAACAGUACAGCCACCCGGUGCAUGUGAAGGAGGAGCCCACUGAUUUGGAGGAAGACAGUCGGCCCAUGUCCCUCCUGGCCGGCGUAACACACAGCCUGCCUGACGAGCGCGACCUGGAGGAGGAUCUCCCCACCGAGGAGCUAGAGUAAGACCCACCCACGACGGACCAGAGGGAGGGCCGAGACCCCGAUCGAUCGCCUGAGCCCUCUCGUCAGCGUGAAGAGGAAAAGAAUGCUACAGUACACUUACGAGAAAAGAGAGAAAAAAGAGAAUGUUUUUUUUUUGUUGUUUGUUUUUUGAGAAAAUGCAAGAAACCACGGACGACAUAAAGAAACUCCAAACAGGGUUAGAAAACCUUUGUUACGUACAGACGCAAAAACAAGACUGUGGAGCACUGCUUUACCUCCAUGUGUUUCUUUUACAGUACAUGGUUUAGAGGUGUAACACCACUCGAUGCAUACACACGCACACACACGCGCGCACACACUCAUCACUUGUCAAACCAACGUUUCAUCUUCCCCUGGUCGAAUCUGCCUGGAUGUUUGAACACACUCUCCCCUCCUCGGCCCACCACUCUGCAUACACCCUCCUCCUCACUGUCGUCUCGGGUUGCCUGGCUAGCAGUUUUAUCUCUACAGGAGUGUUUGUGAGAAGAGACACACACACACACACACACACACACACACACACACAGGAUCAUGUGUAUAUAGACAUGGAGCAGUCGACAGGGACUGUGCAGUAUACCUCUCCUUCUCCCGCCCCUCUUUGAGUCAAUCACUUGCUUUUUUUCAUUUUCUUUGAUUUGGUUGAAAUUAAACUUUUUGGGCUUCAAGAUGGGAAAGAAGAGUGUUAUCAAAGAUUACCUCCAACAGUGCUCCAACACUUCUGCAGAGCAGGCUUCUGUCUCCAAGUCACAGAUGAGGCUGACAUGACAGAGGCCCUGUUUCCUGUCCAAACUUCUGCCCCACACCCCCCCUCCCCUCCAGUGAGACACUUAGUGGCGGACAUCUUUUAAACUCUUUGCUUCUAAAUGAGAUAAAAAAAGAAGACAUUUUCCUACCUACCCCCUCUCCACCCCUUCUCACCCAUCCCAAAAAAGACUGCAGGAAUAGGACCAUUUGGUGCUGUCCUUCUCCUCUCCUCCGUCUGCGGAUGGAGAGAUGAGCUUGGAACACUUUGAAAACGAGAGGAAGCAAAGAGAAAUGAGGGAGGAUGCGUCUACAGAAAUAUUGUGACUUUAAAAAAAAAAAAAAAAGAAAACUGUUCAUGACUAUGGAAUAUAACAAGAAAAAAACGUGUGGUAGCUUUUGUCAUUUCCUUUUUUUUUUUAUUUGUUGUUAUUAUCGUUUUCUUUUUGAGGAUCAAUAUUUCCACGGUGGCGUUCCGUUUUGAUGUACCUUUUUCUAAGGAUGCUGUUUUUUUGUUUUUUUUGUAUUGUGAUUUGUUUGAUUUACUCUGGCUGUUCACACCAUUCCAAAUGAGUAUUGGCAAAAAAAAGGAAGAAAGCGCAGUAUUGUCCCAACUUGUGAUACCCGACCCCUAAUUCUGCCCUUUUCCCUUUCUUUCCCAAGUGUAGCAGGCAAGAAAAUUUGGAAAAAAGCACUUAAAGUUGCCAUUAUCCAGACGAAUUAUUUAACAGCUAAAUCUUCUUUUAAUUCUCUAUCAUUCACAUUUUUUUUUUUUUUUUUGGUUGUGUAUUUAGUUGAGAAAUAUCAGUAAUGCUUUAAAAAUAUAUAUAUUAUUACUGCAGUCAGAGAAUACCUCAGCCCACAAAGGUUCCACCUGGAACUGUGUCCAAAUUAAAAAACAAAAAAAGGGGGAAUUCUUUCUGUGGGACACCAAAUGCGGCGACUCUGCUCAGCCUGGAUUCAAAGCUCUAUGGUUGUAAUAGUUACUGUGUAGAAGCUUUCUGCAAUUCACUGUGUGAGUUUGUGUUAAAGGAAUAGCACGUGAGAUUUUUUUCUUUUCUUUGUUUUGUUUUCUGUGAAGCAUUACUUUUUCUCUACAGUGCCAUACCAAAUUUAACAUUUAUUUUAACCUAUUAUCUGCUUAUUCCCAUUUUAUUUUUGUUACAGGUAACCAAAGAAAUAUGUAGAAAACCAAAAACCCUGUAGUUUAUUUUGCCCUUUUUGAGUUUCCUUUAUAUUUGUUUUGUUUUUCUUCGAGAAUUGGCCAAAAGACAACAAACCAGGAGUUUGAAUUCUUAUUCUUGUAUUCAUAUAACUAUUGUGUUGAACUUUUACAUGACUUACAGUGCUGACCAUUCCAAAAACCAAAGUGUGUAAAGCAAACUAGAAUUUGGAGACAUCAAAGAUUUUGCAAGAUAAGCCGUUACAUGUGGCUCACAUUAGAUAAGAGGCCAAAAACCAGUAUUAACAAACCUCGCACAGUUCCUCUUAAGAAUCUCAAACAUAGAAAAGACAAAAAGCACUUAGAGGUGAAACCCUGUCUCUCACACACUCAGGCUAAACUGUGUUCCAAACACAAACCAAGUACUGGCCCUAAUACUGUGGGAGCAGGCCUAAAAAACAAGGCACUCCUGAGGCAUUUCAACACAACAUGUAGGUACCUUAAAAAAACAAGAGAAGUUAAAUACAAAUGGAUUUAAAAUGAAGUCUUUCUAUUGCUGUUGUAAUAAAAAUUCGGUUUUUCAAUCAUGGAAGCAAACACACCCUCUUCCUCUACUUGCAGGGAGAGGAUGAACACUUUGAAGUCACAUCUUUAAGACAGGGACAGGGACCAAAAGAAAACCACGUAUUAAAAUAAAGAGGGAACUACAAAAACAUAAUAAAACAUAGACCAAUGUAAGAGGAAAACAACCAAGGGACGUCAUGUAGUCAAAAAGUUUGGUUCAUAUUUUCAUUCUUUCUCUCAAACUAUCUCUUGCACUUCAAACGAUUUUUCUUCUUUAAUGAAAGAACCUUUCUGAAGACUUUGUGUUCACACAGGACUGUUUCCUGUCACAUUAGAGACUGAUUUCUAACCAAGUACAAAGUGGCAGACAGGCAUCUUGAAACGAGAUAAAAACCAAAAAAAAUAACGCUACCUCCUUUUCAAAAAACGGUUCAACACAUAGCCAAUGGGAGACUGAACGCUCUUUGAUAUAUUUUUUGUUCUCCAUUCUUCCUGGAUGAUGAUAAUGAAUGCCAAAAUUGUUGUUUCACUUACUGUAUGACUGACGUUUAAAAACAAAAAAAAAAUCUGGACUCCCUGAUACAUCUGCUCGAGCCCAAAAAACAGAGACGCUUCACUUUUCAUGGAUUUAAAAAUGACUACCUCUCCUUUAACCACAUUCUUAGCACUCUUUAGGUCUCAAAGUGUGUUGUGAAGUGUUGGCUGAAAAUGAAAAGUUUUCUAACAGCUGUGUAAAACUCAUCUUAUUCCUGCACCCGGUAAGCACUGAGCUAAGUGAAAAGCCUCUCCACUUUUUGUGUGAUCACAGUCCACAAAAAAACAAAAACUAGUGGUUAAUGGCUGUUUGUCAGGUUUGUGAGCAGAGUAUAUCAGUGAAAUAACACACACUCACACACAUAAAGCAGUGUAACAGAAGCAUAGAAGCAGGGCUGUGUGUUAGUGCAAACAAGAGGCUCUGUCCAUCCAGAUAUCCAAAGACCCACGACACAGCAGCACCUGCAUCACCACAACGCUCACAGAGACGCUGAGAGGACACAUAAUAAAACUCAUCACUACUACUAGUUGUAUCCAAACCAAGAGGAACUGCUGCAUACAGAACAUAGAUGAUCUCUGACUUGUGCUUUAAGGUACACCUGUAAACAAAGCUGUUUUAUAAAGAUGUAGAUUGUUCACAGGUCGCCAUGUAACACUUCUGUUCUUUCUCAGCUUGGCAUAACAUGAUGUAUUCUUGUAUAUUAAUGCUUGACUUCUCUCUCCAGGGCAUUCUUUCCCAUUGUGUCCUUUCAUUUCUCUUCACUUUUGGGGAUUUUAAUUUUUCUGCACCUGUUUAGCUAUUGUAAAGCUUUCAGCUCUGAUUCCUAUACUGUACUGCUAAUGCUGAAGUAUAUGUAUUUAUCAUAUUAAGUGCUGCAGGUAUCUUGGUUUAUUAGUUCUGUUUUUUUUUUUUUUUGUUUUGUUUUGUUUGUUUCCACUUUUUUCUUUUUUUCCAAUUCUUCAUAAAACGUCUGGGACGCUGAUUUUUUAAGUGUAUUAUCUCUCAAAAAAAUGAAAAGAAUAAAGUUAGAUCAGUGGUUUAGGUAACACCUGUUUGUAUAUUUAUCUUAGCUAGGUCUAUUUUGAUACUUUUUUGUCUCUGUACUGCAUUUAUGCAUUUUUAAGGAAAGAAAAAAAACUAAUGGAAAACAAACUAAAAAGUUACUUCAUUAUGUAUUGAUACCUCAGAAGGACUUUUUCUCAAAGACAGGACCAAAACCUCCGACAAAAGAAAAAGAGAAAGAGGAAAAAAUGUCAGAAUAUGUAGCCCCUCUCUUGCUUUAAAAAAACGCGGAGCUCUUGAAAGAUGUUGCUGUUGGUCCUCUCAGGUGCCAAUAUGUGUCCCAGCUCCCUGUGACCCCUCCCUCUGACCCCUGACCCCUGUCAUUCCUGUGCUGAACUCCGACCCGCAGAGCUGUCAAUCAUCGGCAGGCACCGUGGGGUGGUGGCUGGUGGUGGCCAGUCGCACACCUCAUCUCCCAGUCCCACAGAGGCAGAUCAAAGACCGACACUGAUGCAUUUUUGAUACUCGUCCUCUCGUGUAGUCUUAGUACCAAAAUGUGGAAUGGCUCUCAGAGAUGCAGCUCAUCCUCUGACUACCAAAGGCAUUGCAAGCAACCAUUUGCUUAGUCCAAACUCCUGAACUGUAACCAAACUGUAACCAAACCAAUGCCACAACCUUAACCAAACAAAAACCAAGCUACUUCCAAAACUCUCCAUUGACGUCACUGAUCACCUUUACCGAUAGCUGUUAUCUCUCAAUCUUAUCCACGUUGUGGUGUUGUAGGACCAGCUUCUCACAGGGAGCCCAAAACCUUGACGUGUGAUUGGACAGUUCUGGGGUGUCAUGUGAGGGGGAAGGGACUCUCAAAGUGGAGCCAUGCCUGAUGGUAUUAUCAUGUAGACAGCCAGAAUAAGAUGGAACUACCACUUCAGCUCUCCUCUGGUUAAACCUUAGGAAUGUGUGUACAUUUUCAGCAGUGACUCUCUGAAUUGUUUCUUAGUUUCAGUUUACCUGUUUACCUCUCUUUAUCUUUUUGGUUUUUGUUCUGUUUUCUUGUUAUUUGAAAGUGUGACCCGAGGAAGAGGCGGGGACGGGGACUGGGCGGUGGCUUUUAGAUGGACAGUGGAGCCCAGCUCUCUGACCCUCCACCCCGGGUAGCCAUGUAAUGCCAGUCACUGCCCUUUCCUUCAUGCUGUAUAAAAACACACACAUAUAUCUGUGUAUUUGUAACCUGAAUCUUCUUGUGUCUGUCCAUGCAGACAAUAAAAAAACUGUACAGUAGGUCUAGUUGCAUGUAAUCUGUACUAAUUAUUGACAAUGGCAUUAUAAAAUGCAAUAAAAUACUUAUUACACUGUCCUA